AAGUGCAAGGGCGGAUCUUCUCUGUCUGGGUCUGGUUCAAUGACCAACACCAUUCACCCUGCAACUGUUGAUAACGUGAAGGGACCUUUACUUAUUUACUCGUUCUGAAUGAGGACAUUCUCCAGGAAGUGAAACUACUUGAAGGUGUAGUCAAAUUUCCCAGAGCGAACGACAUCGUGGAAAAUAUUCCUCUCCUGUGUUGAUGUUGACGUACAUUCCAGGAAGAACAACUCUCAUUGUGAAUUAUAAUGUAGGCCUAGACAUUGAUGAUUCUAGAGAAGUCUGGUGGAUCGUUUCGGAUUUUAGUUUUGAUAAUUUGUGCUGUGUGACAAUUUGCAAUGAACAAUAACAUGCCUGAGAUAUCCAGAACCCCAUCAUCCCGAAGGGAUUGGGCUACAAGGAUUCAAAUACAUGGUAUUUUGCUCAAGAAACCAUUUGGACAUGCUUCAAAUAAAUGGACAAAAAGGUUUUUCCUUGUCAAAGAUGGCUACCUCAUGUAUUAUGAUGCUAAUGAGAAAAAGGACUAUGACCGGCGAGAAUUUUUCAAUAUACAUCCAAAGGGUGUCCUACCUUUGGGGGAGUGCCAUUUCAAAGAAUCCAGAGAGCAGCAGCAACCCUUUUGUAUUACUAUUGAUAGUCCAGAAAUAGAUGUAAGUUGUUCAAUGUGUCCUAAUGUGUGAGUGUAAAAGUGUCUU